AACUCUCUCUCCUCCCUCACAUUCACCCCCAAAACCCUCUCUCUCUCUCUCUCUCUCUCUCAGAACCUCGGGAAUUCAAACAGCGCCAGCCAUGGCGGACAAGGAGAACUGCUUGCGCGUCAUGAGGUCGAUGAAGAGGAGGCCCGAGGCUGCAGUGACCCCGGAGCAGCCGUCCACCAAAAAACGUGUGGUGUUAGGAGAGCUCCUGAAUGCCGUUGUUCUGACGAAUAAAAUGUCCGGGGCGGAGAAGCAAAUCCAGAAACCCGGCGCCAAAGGCAAGGCGAAGAAAGCAGUGCCCCUGACCAAAACGAUACAGCAGCCGGAGGCGGCCAACGACGUUGAUGCAGUGUCGGAUGACCCCCAAAUGUGCGCACCGUAUGCUCGUGACAUUUAUGAGUAUCUUCAGAAGCUCGAGACUCAUCUUUUCAGAAGAAGUCUGAAGUCAAUAAAAACGCAGAAAGCAUUGCACCCUAUCUGAAGAGAUGUCUCCCAAUAGUCACAUCUCAUUUUUAUACCUGUUGCGAACAGGUAUAAUUCCUCUAUAUAUACAUCCGUCUGCAUGGCAUUUAGGAUACAGAAAAACAAAAAUCUCCUUCUAUAAUCCAUAGCAUUCUUACUGAGAGUACCACAAGGAAAUUCACCAGAAGUUAAGUUUUCCAGUGCUGGAAUUCUAACUUAGAUCGUUGAAUCCUGGUGAAGCAGAUGUCCGUAGAACUAUAAGCACUAAGUAGGGACGAAAUUUUGUUUCAAUGACAUUGCGGUACGCAAGCCUCGAUCUUCAAGUUGUUUGUUUUAUAUUUUUGUUUAUUGAUACUCUGUUAAAUUUUUAUAUUUGCAUUUAUUGUUUAUUAGCAUAUAUAUAUAAAUCACAGAUUGUUGACUUAUAUCCAUGACUUUCACCCGAUUACAUGACAAAGAUUCAAUACUGCCAAUAUGAGAGGAGUCUUAAUGGACUGGUUGGUUAAUGUUGCAGAGGAAUAUAAACUCCUUUCUGACACUCUUUUCCUCUCCGUUAUGUAUAUUGAUAGAUUCCUAUCUGUGAAUGUAGUGAAUAUAGAAGGAUAUGAAAAAUGCAGAAAGUGGUUUAUACUUUUUUUAUUAUUAAUAAAUUUUCUGUCGGAUAAUAUAGAAGGAUAUGAAAAAUGCAGAAAGUGGUUUAUACUUUUUUUAUUAUUAAUAAAUUUUCUGUCGGUUUUAUCCGACAAUAAUGCUUUUA